AUGGCGGUAUCGGCAAUACUGGCCACUGCGCAGGCGGAGCUCUUCUGUCCCAUCUGCCUGGACUAUUUCAAUGACCCCGUCACCAUCAACUGUGGGCACAACUUCUGUGCCUCCUGCAUUCAUAUGUUAUGGGACAAUCUACAGGACAUGUUCCCUUGCCACGUCUGCGGGCACCCACAUGAGGAGAGGCUCUUCAUUGACAACCCCCAGCUGGGAAGGCUGGUGGACCUGGCCAAGUGCCUCCAUGGCUCCAGGAACAGCAAGAUGCUGCAGGAAGAGGGUCACUUCUGUAAGGAGCACAACCAGGUCCUGAGCCUCUUCUGUGAGGAUGACCAGGAGCUGCUGUGUCCCCAGUGCAUCCAGCCCCCUGCCCACCAGAGCCACGAUGUGAAACCUGUGGUGGAAGCCGCCUUUCAUCACAGGCAGCGGCUCUGUAGUUACAAGGAGCCCCUGAAGAAAAGGUUGGCACAAGCGCAAAAACUAUUAGCCACCCAACACAGAAAACUACUGGAACUGAAAGAACACAUUCAAAAGCAGAGAGGUCAAUUAGUCUCUGAAUUUGAGCGACUAAACCAGAUCGUGGAAAAAGAGGAAGAAGCAACGUUCUCCAGGUUGAAUGUACAAAACAGAGACCUUCAACAAAAACUCCGUGCCAACUUCACUGCGAUUUCUGAUCAUGCCAAUACCCUGAAAGACCUAUUCAUGGAGGCAGCAGAGAGGAGUGUGAUGUCUAAGUGGAGUAUGCUGAGAGGGGUCAAGAGUAUCCAGCACAGCUCUGAGAACAUAAAGUUCCCAUCUGUGCAGACUGUUCAGUUCAAGAAGGAAGGCUUUCAUCUUCCUCCCCUGUACUCAGAGCUCGAGAAAAUCAUCCAGAAAUUCCAGGAAGAGGUGACUCUGGAUCCCCUAACAGCACAUCCCAGUCUCCGUAUGUCAGAGGACAGAAAGUCUGUGAUCUAUAUGAAGAAAAAAUCAAAAGUUCAUGGGAAACCAAAGCAAUAUCCUGAUGAUGUGGUGGUGCUGGGCUCUCAAGGAUACCAUUCUGGUCGACAUUACUGGGAGGUACAGGUGGGUGACAAGCUUGAGUGGGCCGUGGGGGUGUGCACAGACGGCCCUUCCAGCAACGGGCAGCUGCCCCUGUCAGGUCAAAAUAAACGCUGGUUAAUACAGCUGCAGAAUGGCGAGUACACGGCGCAAGGCUCUGUACCUGCCUGUGCUUUGAAGGGCAAGCCCACAGAGAUUGGAAUUUUCCUGGACUACGAGCUGGGCCAGAUUUCUUUUUAUAAUGCCAGUGACAGGUCUCACAUCCAUUCCUUCCUGGAGACAUUUUCUGAUGUACUAAAGCCUUACUUCCGUGUGGGCCAGGAUUCAACUCCUCUUAGAGUGUCUGCAGUAAGAGAUUUAUCUACAGAAUGA